AUUACUGGUGUAGGUAAUAUAAUGGCUGGGGAACGUGAUGCUCGUGCGAAGGAGCGUGCAACCCUACGUAGGGACCAAGCCAUCGCUCGGAUUCGUCAGAUACAUGUAUUGGCUACAAGCUCAGCCACCGAUGAAGCUAGUCGAGCUCAAUUAGCUGUGGCUAUUGUUGACAUUGAUAGUUUGUGGGCCAACUUUAUUGUUGAGAAUAACAACCUUCUAGAAAUACUUUCCGAAUUGGAUUUGUUGGGGGAGUUUUCUGUGAAUGUAGAAAUUGAGACCCGUGCUUUGGUGGUAGAAGCUAAGGCCUUGUAUAAGGCAUCUCAACCAACUUCCGCCUUUAGCGUCGGUACGGUUCAACAAGUAUCGUACGAGGGUAUAGUUGACCAAGCAAGUUCUUCUGCUGAGGGGUCAUCUAAGGACUGCUCAGCUCCCUACACACCGAUGGCUGUGACACCUAUGAGGUUGCCUGAAAUCCCUCUACCGACUUUUGAUGGUGAAUGUCAGAAUUGGCCAGCCUUUAGGGACAUGUUCGGCAACAUGGUGGCCAACAACGAUAAGAUUCCAAAUGUUACCAAGUUCUAUUAUCUGGUAGGAUGUUUACAUUCUGAUCCGCAGGAAGUCAUAAAGGGAUUUUCGAUCUCGAAUGAGUCUUUUACUCUGGCUUGGGAUGCGUUGAUCGAACGUUACGAUAAACCACGUAGGCUGGCAUCAUCAAUAAUUGAUAAAUUGAUAGCCGCGCCGGUCGCGAGUUCUGAAAAUCUUGCAGCUCUGCAAACCUUUAUGUCAGUCUUCGACGAGAACAUCACGAUCCUGGAGUCGCUUCAGAUCCCGGAUCUAGCGUCGUUCCUGUUGUUUUCAUUGGCUGCCAGGUGUCUACCUACAAUCUCGAGGCGUCUUUUCGAGGCUGAAAAUGUUAAGGAAUAUCCGUCGAUCCAGAGCGUGAUCAAGUUCGUUAAAACGAGAAUCCAGGUCCUUGAAAAUGCAGGGGUAAAACCGACAGGAAGCUCCUCCAAGUCGGCCAACCCCAGGAAAGCUGGUUUUCCUCGGGAAUCGAAGACCGCACUAGUAUCGACGUCCAAACCUCUUUCGGCCAAACAUAAUUUGUCCAAAGCUGCGUCAACCAAAUCUACUUCGGCGUCAUGUUACGUUUGUUCCGGUGCUCACCAGCUAGCUGAUUGUGCGAAAUUUAAGGCUUGCUCAGUCGAUGAACGCUACAAGGUAGUGUGCACGCAUCGCCUUUGCAUGGUCUGCUUGCUCCCCGGGCACAUGUCGUUCAAGUGCUCUUCUUCGUGCUCCAUAUGCAAGAGGCGCCAUCAUGCGCUACUACAUCGAGAUCAGGAACCGUCGAAUUCCGCUCCUCCAGCCGCCAUGUUAGGUCGACAACAAGCUCCAACGGUCCUGCUCGGGACGGCCUUGGUCCAUGUUCGAGAUACAAUUGGCAGUUGCCGGACGGUGCGUGCGCUGAUCGACUCGGCCUCGCAGAUCAGUGCAAUCACAUCGGCUUGCUGCAACCGCUUGGGAUUACAGCCCUCGCGAUGGACAGUACCUGUAACUGGUCUUUCCGGUCAGAAGGUCCCGGAUGUGCAGGGUAUCGUUCAGCUGACGAUCCAGCCAAGGGAUAAGCCAACGCCAGCUAUCAAGGUCAAGCCGUGGGUACUCUCUGCCAUCACGUCUGAUAUGCCAGCUCGACAAUUACCAGUUCAGGUACGAGCCAAAUGCAGCCAUCUGACAUUGGCAGACCCAAGCUUCGAUGAACCGGCUCCAGUCGAGAUGCUUAUUGGCGCCGAUAUAUUUCCCCAAGUAUGGAAGAACAAGUGCAGCUCGUUGGGUCCAGGUUUCCCUUCCGCUUACAGCUCGGUAUUUGGUUGGGUGCUGAUUGGUCCAGUUCAGGAGCAUCCAGAUAUUGGUGCACAGGCCAUGUUGGUAUCGCUGGUAUCGUCCAUGGAAUCCAUCAUGGAAAGGUUUUGGAAGGUAGAGGAACCUGAAGCUGCUCCGCCUCAGUUCGCCGACACGGAAUGUGAAAGUUUUCCGGAUGUGAGAGGAGCUCUGCGUCAUCAGACUUAUAUGGAUGAUAUAUGUGUGGGUGCAGAGUCGUUGGAAGCUGCUAAAACGCUUCAGUUGAAUCUAAUCAACACUCUCGCCAGAUCCGGUUUGGAGUUAAAGAAGUGGGCCAGCAAUACGCCAGAAUUGUUGGAACAACUACGUCCUGAAGAUUGCUCCGGAGAUCCGCUGGCAUUUGAGCAAAAUGAUGCUACGCACGUCGUAUUGGGAAUGCGGUGGAAUCACGAUCAAGAUUAUUUCUCCUUCGGCAUUAACAAUUUCAAGAUGAUUCCUACCAAACGUGGAGUGUUGUCGAUGAUUGCCAGAAUCUUUGAUCCUUUAGGCCUGUUGGCGCCGGCAACGUUCUAUGCCAAGUCGAUCAUGCAACGGGUGUGGGUCGCACAGAUUAGUUGGGACGAUCAACUGCCAUCAGAUAUAGCUGAAGAUUGGUGUGACUUCUAUCAUUCUUUAGGUUGGCUGGUCGGAAUGAAGAUUCCACGCUACAUCGGUUGUUCCGCUGGAUGUAGCUAUGAUUUGUGCGGUUUCUCUGACGCGUCCACGAAAGGGUAUGCAGCGGUCGCUUACCUCCGUGUCACUGCAAAGUCAGGAAGUGUUGAUGUCUAUCUUCUAGGGUCCAAAACGAAGUUGGCUCCAAUGAAAACCUCGACGAUCCCACGGCUCGAACUGAGCGGAGCGGUGCUACUUGCUCUAUGGCUGGGAAGAAUCAAACGCGCUCUGGAGCCUCAACUAGAGAUUUCCAAUGUCUUCGCUUGGUCGGACUCGACCAUUGUGCUCUCAUGGUUGGGCAACACUCAUACCUCGUUUAAGACUUUCGUAUCCAACCGUAUCUUCCAAAUUCAAACCACGAUUCCUGUUUGCCAGUGGUUACAUGUUCGGUCGGAGAAUAACCCUGCAGAUUGUGCUUCUCGGGGACUUCGCCCGUCUGAACUCAAGGAGGCGACAUUGUAUUGGAAGGGACCUACCUUUCUGUUAUCGAGUGCCGACAGUUGGUCAACGGGAGUUAGCAGAAUAUCUCUGGAUCAGCUGCCGGAGGUGCAGCCUGCAUGUGUAGUGGCGCAAAGCCACCCUCCAGAAGAAUGGUAUGCUCGGUUCUCUUCUUUCGACCAUAUGAUCCGGGUAGUAGCUCGACUUCGCCGGUUCAUAUCGAGGUGUCGUAAGAUGGAUGUCGAAACCGGGUUCUUGAAGCAGUCCGAGCUCGACGCUGCUCUAAUCGUGGUCGUGAAAAGCGCACAGAACUGCUUUUUCCGUGAAGUCAUCAGCAAUUUAACACGUGGCGAGGAAGUUCAGCGUAAGGGUAUUGCUCGCCUUUCUCCGUUCUUGGACUCGCUCGGGGUAGUCCGUGUAGGAGGUCGCCUCCAAAACACAAAUUGGUCCGAACGUCGAAGGCACCCGAUGCUGAUACCGAAGGAAGCUCACUUGGCAGUGCUUGUGACUCGCCAUUGGCAUAGCUACGCAUGCCAUGCCGGUCCGCGGUUAUUAACCGCACUUGUUCAGAGACGUUUUUGGGUAGUUGGCAUUCGCCUUGUGGUCCAUCGGGUGAUUCGCAGAUGCAUAAUUUGCGCUAGGACCAAGCCCGUAAAUCCUCAACCAAUGAUGGCUGAUCUGCCUAGGUUUCGUGUCCAGGAAGCUCAUCCGUUUUCUGUAGUUGGGAUAGACUAUGCCGGUCCCUUGCAGAUGAAGGAACUUAGCCUGCGAAAGGCACGUAUCGUGAAGGUAUACAUCGCAGUACUUGUGUGUAUGACCACCAAAGCGGUGCACUUAGAACCGGUAUCGGCCCUUUCGACUGAGGCCUUUCGGUUAACGCUAGAUAGAUUCGUGGCUCGUCGUGGUCUACCGUUGUCGAUCUACUCCGAUUGUGGCACCAACUUUGUCGGUGCAGCGAGGCAGCUGCGACAAUUAGUCAAUCAUCCGGAUACUAGGGAUCAGUUAUCCGGGCAUAUUGCGUGCGAGUGGCAUUUCAAUCCCCCUGGUGCUCCCCACUUCGGAGGAAUUUGGGAAGCCGCCGUGAAAUCGGCCAAGUCGUUGCUUUUACGUGCCAUGAAUUCCCAAGUUUGGACGUUAGAGGAAUUCACAACGGUGUUAUGUCGGGUAGAGGCUGCUUUGAACUCGCGUCCUUUAGUACCAGCAUCAUCUGAUCCAAAUGACUUAGAGUGCUUAACACCCGGUCAUUUUUUAGUUGGUCGUCCUCCGAUGUCAAUUCCGGAACCUGUGUUGGACAGUGCGCAAACGGGACUGCAGACUCGCUGGAAGCUCCUCCAGCAGUCUUUCCAGUACUUUUGGCGACGUUGGUCUCAAGAAUAUCUGAAUACCCUCCAAGUUCGUGGAAAGUGGACUAAAGAUAGCAACAACGUCGAAGUUGGUAAUAUGGUGGUAGUAAAAAUUAGCGAUACCCCCCCUCUUACUUGGCCUUUAGGUAGGGUGAUUGAGGUGUAUCCGGGCACAGAUAAUAUAGUGCGGGUGGCAAAGGUAAGGACCAACCAGGGAGUGUUCACUAGACCAGUUGUAAAGUUAGUACCGUUACCUACAGAAUUGUAAAACACGAUAGGUAUUAAUAGAUGUAUUUCCGUCCUCUAGCUCCCUUUGCACCCUUAUACUCGUCUGCUACGACUGGGAUCAUUAUGUGUUAUAAAUUGUGAUUAAUUGUUUUGACCAGCCAUCACGCCUGCUCCGGAUGAUGGGUCGGUUGCUCCACCUCUGGAUCCAGUGGGGUAUGGCAAAUGUUUUUGUUUUUACAUUUGCUUAUUUUCAGUUAUGUUGUUGUUAUUAAAUUGUUAUUUCUUAUUGAUGAUAAAAAGAAAAUAUUGUAACUAAAGACUGAUGAUUAAUUUUGUAUGUUUUGUUGUAAAUAUUGUUAUUUUAGUUCAGCUAAGGCCGUAGCUCAGGGUAAUGCUACCUAAUGAAAUUAAUUUGUUAUAUUUUCAAAAAAAAAUAAUAAUGUUAAAGAUGUUGUCCCUUUGUAAAAAAACCGAUCACCGUUCUGCUCUGUUCAUCUGCUCGACUGCUCCGUUCAUCUGCUCAACUGCUCCGUACAUUGCUCCCAGCUCCAACAUCAUCUAGCACAGAUCGAACUUCUUAUUCCAAGUUAGCUGGAACUUGCAAGGGGGAGUAUGUUCGAUCCGUUUGAUAACAGAAUUGCCGCCGUCGGUGGUCACGCUCAGCCGACCGCCGCAUCAACCAUGUUCGUGUGCGCUGCGCGCCGGCAGCCGCAAGGUUGGCAAUACUACCGGUGACCGUUACCGGUGCUCGGCGCAGGCGAGCUCGGUCGUCCGCGCCACACUCUCCGUCUUAACGGUUUUUCGACAGCUCGUCGAUACGUUUUGUGCUCGGCUCGCUCGCCCGUCCGCCAUCUUUUCCCGUUUGAAAGUGCGACGCAAAAACGUGGUUUACCAUCUAGAGGUUGUUCGGCCGAUUAGCCGUUUUAUUGUGUUUGAUCUUUGUUAGUGUUUCGUUGUCGUUCAGUUCUGAACCGCGUACGUCGGUAGAUACACCGCGUAUCCGUGUACGCAGGCGAACACUCGUUGCUCCACCUCACGUCGGUGCACGCAUUCGUACCGGUGUUUAAACCUCCCGCAUAGCAGCUCCGCAAUUCCAGUACAGCAGCUCCGCCAUCGCCGUUCAUCAGCUCAAGACAUCUGCCAGGGAGGCAGCUCAGUCGGUGUUCCCCGUCCCCCCUGAAUUUGUUGUUAUAUAAUUGUUUGUACCCAUUGCUCGUGUUGUACAAUAAUACAUGCGCCUGAUAGUAAAACCAUUUGUUAUUAUUCGAUGUUAUAUUAAUUGCCCUACUCCACAACAACCCUGAGGACCUUGUACCAGGCGAUAUCCGAUUUUAAGGAUCGUCGGGUCAACACAGACAUAUAUAUAUACAUAAUAUAUAGUUGCAGAUAUAUAUUAUUAAUAAGUAUAAUAUAUUCGAUUUUACUUUAAGAAUUUAUUGAUAUUUCAUUGAUUUAACAUAUUAAACAUAUUAUACGGAUGUUUUAGUAUUAAUUCAACAGUUCUAAUAAACAUUUUGAAUUUUGUCUAUUUAAUUAUACGUAUAUAUUAUAUUAUAUUGCUCACAUAGGAAUUAUAGAUUUAAUUAAGUCUAGUAUUAUAUACGUAUAUACUUAAGUGUCCAGUUUUGAAAUAUCGAUGCGUAUAAUUAUUAUAUAAGCCACUAUACCUAUAAAAUAUAAAUAUUAUAUGAUUUA